AUGAAUGGUUUCCCAGAUUCUACGGCUGUAUGUUUGGUAGUGGAUAGAGUCUUAUCUCAGAGUAAAGAAUUACCAUCAGAGUCACUUGGUGGAGUUAGAAAAUUUCCUAAACCUCAAGAAGAUGCUAAAUUAGAUCUGUAUACAAGGACAAAAGCAGCUAUAGAUAAGAACCUAUCUAAUAAAAAGAUUGGGUCUUUAUCAAAAAGUAGUAGUGAGAAUAGGGCUCCUCAAUAUGUGAGAUAUAUAUCUAACCCAGAUACAGUGGGAUAUAAUCCAAAAUGUCCUGAAAGAAUUAUAAAGAUGGUAGAGAAACCAGUAGAUCCUUUAGAGCUACCAAGAUUUAGAUAUAGAACUAUUGGUGGUGUAAAAAGUGAUGCAAUGGUCCCUAUUUUGAGAUUACCAUCGAAAAAAUUGACUAAAGAAGAAAUUGAGCAAUGGAAAAUUCCUCCUAGUAUAUCAAAUUGGAAAAAUCCAAAGGGUUAUACAAUACCUCUUGAUAAACGUGUACAAGUAGAUAGUAGGAACUUGAUUGAUAUUUCCGUAAAUGAUAGAUUUGCAGCUUUAAGUGAGUCUUUAUAUAUUGCAGAACAGAACUCUAGAGAACAGAUAAAGUUGCGAAAUGAACUGUUAAAGCAAAAGCGUAUUCGUGAAGAGGCAGAGAGAGAAGAGAAACUCAGAAAACUAGCAGAAGCCUCUAGAAUAGAAAGAUCACAACUCUUAAGAUCAGCAGAUAACCCUAAUGCUAGAAGCAAUGCAGUACUUGAAGAUGUAGAGGUAGAACAUCGUCGUGAAAUUGAAAGAGAAUUAAGAUUAGAAAGAGCAGGGAAGAGAAAUAAAAUGUUGCGUGAUGAAGAUCGUGAUAUAUCAGAACGUGUUGCUUUAGGCCAAGCACAACCGACAUAUAGUGAAGUACAAUAUGAUACUCGUCUGUAUAAUCAAUCAUCUGGAUUAGGUUCAGGAUUUGAGCAUGAGACUAUUAACAUUUAUGAUAGACCACUGUUUGUAAAUAGUGACAAAUCUAGGGGUCUUUAUAGAUUUGAAGAGAACAGAGUUGAAGAGAAUAUAGGGGAAAGAAUUCAUGUACCAUCAUUCUCAAAUUCCAAAGAUAUUGCGAAAACACGCACUAAGCCUGUGGAAUUUGAAAGAGACAAUGACGACCCUUUUGGUUUGGAUCAUUUAAUAGAUAAAAUAAGUAAGAAUUCAAGUACCAACAUAUAA